UUUAGGUUGUUUAAGCUCUUGUGACCGGUCGAGGAUGUUAAAAUGUUCCUUUUAUUUAUAAAACUUCUUCAUUUAUGUGUGUAUGAUAUGAUGGUAGAAUGUUAAUGUAUAUAAUUUUUCGGAUUGUUGUUUGCUUUCAUCAGCUUAACGUAUAAUAUAUUUUUUUAAAGUUUGUUUUUCAAAUUUUGAUACACAUCAUGCAGAAGUGAAUGAUUAAUAAUAUUAAAAAUGGCUGAUGAUCCUGAAAUGGAUGUUAUUCCUACUAAGGAAGUGAAAGAACUACAUUUGGCUUCAGAUAUGCAUGUAUCUGGCCAUCAGAUGACUCCAGUGAAACGAACUGCACAAUUGCAACGAAGUGACUUGGAAGAUCAGUACUAUAAAUUUAAAGAAGAAAAUUUGCAGCUAAAAAAGGAGGCUAAAAAAAAGGAAGAUGAGUUUAAAAGACUUUCAACAAAAUUGUCUAGAUUGUUGAGAGAAAAGAAAUCUAUGGAAAUGUUGAAUAGUCCAGAACGUAAAAGGGACCUUGAACUUGAAGAAAUGAUUGAAGAUCUUCAGGAUAAAGUUCGCCAGCUCGAAAAAGCAAAUUCCCAUUUGCGAGAGAAAGUGUUAGUCGCAAAGCAGCAAGUUAUUACACAGACAAGAAGACCACAUCCAUAUAGUCACAUUCCUCCUAAAGUAAAUUCUGGUAAUUUACGAUCUGCACAUUCUCCAUAUGCAUCAUCUGUGAAUUUAAGAGGGAAAAAUUUACAAAAUCUCUUGUCUCAAAAAACUCUUCCUACACCAAUUCCACCUUAUGCAAUUAGUUUGCUAGAAGAAGCUAGAAAUGAACUUUCCAAUUUGAAGAUGUUAGUGUCUAGCCAAAAAAAUGAAAUUGAGAUGUAUGAGCAGGAAAAUGAUAUUCUGAAACAAAAGCUAAGAAUGAAAGAUAUAGAAUUUGAAGAAGAAAUUAAUAUUUUAAAAUCUCAGCUUACACAUCGUCAAAGGCAGCAUGUGCAGGAAAAUUUAGAUCUGAUUCGUCUUCAUCGAGAAUUGAAGCAAAAGGGUGCAAAAUAUUUGGCUUUGCAAGCACAAUACAGUGACUUGGAAGAGAAAAUGCAUAUUUUAAAACUAAAUCAUGAGCAUCUGCUUAAAGAAAUGGAUGAUAUUACCUCUCAUUUCAAAGCAGAACAAAAGAAGAAUUUAGAACUUCUUGGAGAAUUACAGAAAGCUGGAAUAACUAUAGCUGCUUCAUCUGAGUUGCAAGAUAAAAUUAAAACUUUACAGAAAGAAAAUGAUAUACUCCGAGAAACAAAUGACAAGUUAAUUAAAAGUGCUGUAAAUGUUGAAAAAGAAAGAACAAUUAGCCAUGUUGAAGAAAUUUUAAAAGAAAAAAUUACUAAUUUGGAAACUUCUCUAGCUAUUGAGAUGAAAGCAAAAAAAGAUAUUGAAGCUGAAUUAUUAAAAGAAAAGGAAAUUUUCUCAACAAAAGAAACAGCAUAUCUUCAGUUGCAAGAAAGUUUUAACAAAAUGAAAUCUGAGAUGGCUGAAUUAGAAAAAAAAGUUAAUGUACUAAAAGCGGAAGGAGUAGGUUUUGAUGAAUUGGCUGAAGCAGUAAAUCUUCUCAGAUUGAAAAAAGAAGAAAAACUGGUGUUUGCUAAUAAAAUUUCUGAAGAAGAAAUGGAAGAACUAAAACUGAAAUUAGAAAAGAGUGAAUCUGAACUUAAAGAGACUACUAAAGAACUCAAUAAUGUUAGAGAAAUGCUUGUAGCUCAAUGCAAUAUAAACCAAGUGACCCAAAAUGAACUGAAAUUGCUUACUGAAAAAAUUGAACAACAAGAAAAAGAAUUUCAAACUAAGCUGGAAGAAUACUCGCAUUUACUUGAUUUAAGAGCUUCACGCAUACAACUACAGUACAAAUCCUUUAAUCCAGACUUGUCGGAACUUUGGCGAUUCCGGAUUAGGGGUUUUUCCAGAUUAUAGAUCAUCAAUUUAAAUCUG